AUGGCAGAUGCUGAAGUAUAUGGCGCAUCUGAUGCUCUAUCCCUUUACCGGAACAAAACAAAAUUUUUUAAAAUACAGCUUCAUUCUGAGAAGCCGAUCCUGGGCGCUGUGAUGGUGAUUGUGUCGCCCCUCGCGCUCCUCCGUUGA